GGUAACUGGUGUUGGAGUCCGUAGUAGUGUCAUUUAUUUCAAUGGUGUCGCUCAGUAGAACUCUAAUGAAGCCUAAAAACGUUUAGUAUUUAUAAACGUGAUUUUGUUUUCCCCCUCCCCGGAGAACUGAGCUGAAAGGAGUGUUUUAGCCAUGGCGGAGAGAGAGGAGCGGCGCUUUGCGGAGGUGCCGCGCGAGUCUGUGAAACUGAUGGCGGAAAGUGCGGGCGUGGAGCUCAGCGAUGACGUCGCUGCGCUGCUGGCCGAGGAUGUGUGUUAUCGCCUGCGGGAGGCUACGCAGAGUAGCUCCCAGUUUAUGAGGCACGCCAAGCGCAGGAAGCUGACGGUGGAGGACUUCAACAGGGCGCUACGGUGGAGCAACGUGGAGGCCGUCUGUGGAUGCGGGGCCCAGGACGCCCUGCCCUUCCGUCCCAUAAAGGAAGGCGAGCUGUUCUUCGUGGAGGACCGUGACAUCAACCUGGUGGAGCUGGCGCUGGCCACCAACAUCCCAAAAGGCUGUGCGGAGACCAUGGUGCGAGUGCAAGUGUCCUACCUGGAUGGGAAAGGAAACCUGGAGCCUCAAGGUACAGUGCCCAGCGCAGUGCAGACUCUGUCUGACGACCUGCUGAAGUACUACCAGCAGAUCACCCGAGCCAUCCUCGGAGAGGACGCCCACCUGAUGAAGGUUGCUCUGCUGGAUCUCCAGUCAAACUCCAAGAUCGCAGCCCUGCUUCCGUACUUCGUGUACGUCAUCAGCGGGGUGAAGUCGGUGAGCCACGACCUGGAGCAGCUGAGCCGGCUGCUGCACAUGGUGAAGAGCCUGGUGCAGAACCCCUACCUGUACCUGGGCUCCUACGUGCGCAGCCUGGUGGCCAGCGUCAUGUACUGCAUCCUGGAGCCGCUGGCCGCCUCCAUCAACCCGCUCAACGACCACUGGACCCUGCGCGACUACGCCGCCCUGCUGCUCAGCCACAUCUUCUGGACUCAUGGGGACCUGGUGAGCGGCCUGUACCACCAGAUCCUGCUCUCCCUCCAGAAGGUUCUGUCCGACCCGGUCCGCCCUCUGUGCUCGCACUACGGAGCCGUGGUGGGGCUGCACGCGCUCGGCUGGAAGGCUGUGGAGCGUGUGCUGUAUCCCCACCUCCCUGCCUACUGGGCCAACCUGCAGGCUGUGCUGGACGACUACUCCGUCUCCAACGCCCAGGUGAAGGCGGACGGGCACAAGGUGUAUGGGGCCAUCCUGGUGGCGGUGGAGAGACUGCUGAAGAUGAAGGCGCUCUCCCUGUCCUCGCCGGCGGAGGGCGGGGCCGGCGGGCUGGCGGGGUCCGGGGGCGUAAUGGGGUUCAGGGAGAGCUCCCCGGGGCUGAGCCCCCCGCCGGAGUCCCUCUCCGAGCCCAGCCUGGGCAUCGCCAGCCACCUGCAGGCGGGGGGGGCCGGGUGCCCCUGGGAGGAGUGGACCCCCGUGCCCCUGCCGGCCAUGUACUGCGAGCUCUACUCCUUUUUCGGGGACAGCCUGGCUGUCCGCUUCAGUACGGGGCCCGGCCUGGGCGGUGGCGGCGGCGGCGGCGGUGCCCCCCCACCCUCGGGCCCCGCUCACCCCCCCGACCCCCGGAAGGAGGCGGCCGGCGGCGCCGCCAACAUGGACACCGCCCGCAAGAUGCCCCAGCUCACCGCCAACCUCAACAUCAGCCCCCGCCAGGACAACAGCCCCCGCACCGAGCCGGCCCCGCCCAGCCUGGCUGCCACGGCAACGGGCAGGUCUCUUCCUCGCUCUUCCUCCUCCUCCUCCUCCUCUUCCUCGGUCCAGCGCUCCAGGUCGUCGUCCUCCCGGCCGGGCCAGCGUGCGACGGGGCCGUCCCGCGACGUCUUCCCCAAGGCCCGCUUCGUGGCGCCCCAGACGGGGCCCCCCGCCUUCUCCUUCCUCAUCGGCGGCCGCCAGAUGGGCCGCCGUUGCCAGGGCCGACGCUUCCAGACCAGCUUCACCCCGCCGCCGCCCCUGGCGGCCCUGCCGCCUCGCACCUACGCCCACAAGCUGCCCGUCAUCGGCCGGGUGGGCCGGCCCGUGCGCCGCUGGACCUGCUCCCACUAUUCGCUCCACCUGCCCCUCUAAGCCCCGCCCACACCUCUGAGCCCCACCCACCUGUCUUAGCCACGCCCACCCACGUACAGGAACAGACCGCUUCCCAUGUACUGCAACCCCGGGAGAAUAACAUAGCGGCAACUCAUGCUUGUCAUCACCAGUGUGGAGC